AUGGGCACCGGGUGGGACGUGUGUGCCCUCCUCUCCGUGGCGUUGCUUGCCGCCCAGGCUUUCCCCCAGACAAACAUAAAGAUCAGCCAAGCCAUGCCGGAGCCCGUCCACGCCUACUCCUGCCCGCUCUUCUGGACAGAGUACGAAGGCCAUUGCUACCGGUACUUCCCCAUUAACAAAACCUGGGCUGAAGCCGACCUCUAUUGCGCCGAGUUCUCCAUUGGCAUCAGAUCAGCCAAGCUAGCCUCCAUCCACAGCUGGGAAGAAAACGUCUUCGUGUAUGACCUGGUGAACAGCCGCGUGCCGGGCAUCCCCACCGACAUCUGGACAGGGCUCAACGACCUGCGGCAGGAGGGUCACUUCGAGUGGACGGACGGCUCCUCCUACGACUACCACUACUGGGACGGCAGUCAGCCCGACGACGGGAUCCACUCCAUCCCGGAGGAGGAGGACUGCGUGCAGAUCUGGUACAGGCACAGCAGUGCACUGCGCUCCUGGAAUGACAACGCCUGCGGCAGAGCCUUCCCCUUCGUCUGCAAGAUCCCCUCGCUGGCCCUGGACUGA